AUGAAACGCCCGUCUUUUUGUUUGAACUCCUCGCUUUUAGGACGAACCAAUAUGCCCCAGAACGAGUUUAUUGAGCUACAUCAGAAACGACACGGAGUUCGUUUUGAUUACUAUGAGAGAAAGAGAAAGAAGGAAGCACGAGCAGGUCACGAAAAGGCAAAAUACGCAAAGAAAGUGCAUGGAAUUAAGGGAAUUCUGCACAGUGCUCAACGAUACAAGGAGAAGGCGGCCAUGCGUAAAGAAAUCAAGAUGCACGAGGAGCGUUCGAACAAGCACGCCACUACGGACGCCACUCCCGAGGGAGCUCUUCCUGCCUACCUUCUGGAUCGUGAAGGAGUGUCUCGGUCAAAGAUUCUGAGCAACACAGUGAAGCAAAAGCGUAAGGAGAAGGCUGGAAAGUGGACGGUGCCGGUUCCGAAGGUGAACCCGAUCGCCGAUGCGGAGAUGUUCCGCGUUCUCUCGACAGGAAAACGGAAGCAGAAGCAGUGGAAGCGAAUGAUCACGAAAGUGACGUUCGUGGGCGAGGGCUUCACGCGGAAGCCUCCAAAGUACGAGCGCUUCGUUCGUCCGACAGGACUUCGGUUCAAGAAAGCGCACGUUACUCACCCCGAAUUGAAGACAACGUUCUAUUUGGAUAUUAUCGGAGUGAAGAAGAAUCCGCAGAGCAAAUUGUACACCGAGCUGGGAGUGAUCACGAAGGGAACGAUCAUCGAGGUGAAUGUGAGCGAGUUGGGAUUGGUGACGGAGUCGGGAAAGGUCGUAUGGGGCAAGUACGCGCAGGUAACGAACAAUCCGGAGAACGAUGGAUGUAUCAACGCGAUUUUGCUUGUGUAGUUUGGUUUAGA